AUGAGGAUCACCCUGUUGGCGGCGUGCUGCCUGCUGGCGACGGUAACGGUACUCGGCAGCCCGGUGGACGACUCGGUGCGGGCGGCCCUGUUCCGUCGCAUGCGCCUCGGCGGUCCCAAAGUCUACAAGCACGAGGACCAGAGUCGCCCGGGCGUCCCGGUGGCGGACAGUCUCGACAGCCCGUCGCAGGACCGCCAGAAGGCUUCCCCCGUGGCCGUGCCCGCGCCGAAGGAACCGAGGGAGCUCCCGGAGGACGCUGAGCCGGCAUCGACGGCCGCACCGUCGCCGAUCAAGGGUGGCUUGAAUCGGCUGUUUGCGCGCAAGAAGUACAGCCCGCUGCUGCGCGACAGCUCGAAGCUGGCCACUACGGAGGCGUCGCCGGCCACAUCCUCGACGGUGGCGCAGGAGAGUUCCCCAUCCGCCUCGGACAGUACCACUCCGGCGACGUCGGCCGGACCGUCGGGCAGUACGCGCCGCACCCGGCCACCCCGACCGGGUAAGCUCCCGCGAUCGACCUCGCCGAAGCCGACGGUUUCGGUGAAGCCGACGAAGAUUUCGUCCCGCUUCUCUAAGGCCACCACCGAGCCCACCGAGAGUACGGUCGCGGUCGUCACCCAGCGGACAACCCGCGGUCGCCGGACGCGCCCAUCCAAGCCGUCGAAAUCGGGCACCACCACGACCACCACCACGACGGAGGAACCAACGACAACGACGACGACGACGACGACCACGACGUCAACUACGACCACAACGACGACAACGACCACACCGGCACCAUCGACCACGACCACGACUACGACGACAGCUAGCAGCACCGCACCGGUGGACGGUUCCUCCCCCUCCGCCAGCUCCCCCGCGGCCGAUCCUUCCCCGGUAGUCCCGAACUCCGGAGAUGUCACCCCGUCCAAGGCUUCGUCGGAAAGUGUGACGUCCGGUUCCACUACGACCACCACCAGCACGGCCGCCCCGAAGCAGCUCCCCGCAGCCGACGAGGACGACUCCGAGGUGCCACCGAGGAUCGUCUCCAACGGACAGCAACCACCCCAGCGGGACGAACCGGAACCGGUGGUGAAGACGUCACCUGCGAAACCCGAACGUGUCAUCCCGGUGGUCGAGAAGCAGGACGAGCUGAACGAGAACGAGAGCCUGCUGCAGUCGGCCAGCUACGACACGUCGAGCGAACAGUAA